GUUAACCUCGAAUUAUCCGAAAACAACACACCUCGAAUAUUAUUAAUUAUGUUAUUGUUGUUAUUGUUAUUAUUAUUACUAUUAUUAUUAUUAUUACUAUUAUUAUUAUUAUUAUUAUUAUUAUUAUUAUUAUUAUAGUUUAUUAUUAUUAUAGUUUAUUAUCCCAUUCGUUCCUUUUGUUUUUUCUUCUUUUUUUUUCUAAGAAAUUAUUUCUUUUUUAUUAUUGCGUGUUUUAUUCACUAUUUUUAUUAUUAUAUUUGAGAUAAGGAAAAAAAAACAAACAAACAACCGUACCGUAUAACUCUUUCGUACAUAAAAACUUAAUGCUCGAUUAAAUAACUAAUUUUUGUCAAUCGUAUCGACUAUAUGUCUAUCUUGUAUUGUUAUAAACGUAACGAUUGCUAAAGAUUUAAAUUAUAAAAAAGAAAAGAAUUAAUAAAUAAUAUACAUAUAUGUAUAUAUGUAACGUCACUUGACGUACGCGUUAACUAAUCGAAAUUUUAUUUAAAAAAAAAAAAAAAAAGAAAAGAAAAGAAAAGAAAGAAAUAAAGAUAAUUAAACGGAUGAAAUAUUGACGGACGAAAUUGCUGACAUUUCUUUUUCUCUUUUUUUUUUCUUUUUUUGACGGAAUAAAAAUUCGAAUAAUUGUCGAUAUAACAGAAACAACAAGAAUAUGGCCAAUUGUUCUAAUCGAUGUUAACAAAGUAAAAGAAAAUCAAAAUGGCCGAUUUUCCUUAUCGAACUUGAAAAAAAAAAUAGACAAGAGGUAGAUCAAUUUAAUAUCGAUUGUUAUACUGCCCGUAGUGCCUAAAAAAAAAAUAAUAGAUAAUUCUCGUACAUACCAGGGCCGUACGUUAUUUCGUUGUUUUUCUUUUUCCUUUCUUUUUCUCCAAAUUAUUAACACAUUCAACACAUUUAUAAAUUUGUUGCUAAUGAAAGGAAAUAUAUAUAUAUAUAUAUUAUACCAUAUAUAUACCAUUCAUAUAUAUAUAUUAAAUGGUUAUAUAUAUAUAUAUAUAUUCACACACGUGCACACGUUACAGGAAAAAAAAUGUUCUUCUGCUAUAUCCUGACAAAACUUUUGCAGUCUGAAUCUCGAACGUUAUAUAUAAUACAUACGCACACACAUAUAUGCAUACAUUAUUUAGAUGUACAUAUACAUAACAUAACCAUUUUUCAACUUUUCACCGUUUACUGUCGAAAGUUUUUAGAAAUAUGUAUGUACAGUAACACACACACAGAACACACAUAUAUAAAAAUACACCGAAUCGUUCGUAUUUGAUUGUUAUAUAUGUAAUAAUUACGCUUUUUUUAAGAAUCGUUGAAUUAUGCGACAAUAGGUAUGAUAACGAACAAAGAAGAAUAAGAAAACUCGUAAUUUUCAAUGAUCGCAAACAAAUUCGACUCGAUUCGAUUAGGAUUCGAUUCGAAUGAUCGAUAAUUCACAAAAUAUUCUUAAAAGCGAUCGAUAACGCUUAUGAUAUGUACCUUCUUAUUAUUGUACAUACGUCCUCUCGUUAUAACCUACAAAUUAUAACUGGUAAAAAAUGUUUUUCAUGAAUGUCAGAAUUCGUGUAUAAAAAAAAAAGAAAAAAGAAAGAAAAGAAGAAUACGAAGAAAUCUUUCGACGAAUCACUUGUUUGUUAUAAGAAUUAUAAAAGUAUUCGACACGUUCUACAUAGAUUUAUAAAUACGUACAAAUUUUUAUGGUUUUUAACUGUUCUCUUUCUUCGUGGAUUUUUUUUCGAGGUUAAGUAACGAAAGAAAAUUGUGUGUCGAUUUACUCGUUAUUACUUUUUUUUUUCAAAACUGUCAUAUGAAUUUAUUACUACUAUUUAUUUUUUUAUAUAAAUUCUAAUAAUUUUAAUUAACAAAUUGUUAUAUAUAUAUAUAUAUAUAUAUAUGUUUACGUAGAACGUGACGAAAAAUAUGAAAAAUAUGAAAAAUAUUGUCUGAACUAAUCUUAAAAGUGCUCUAUUAGAUCGAUUAGAUCGGAUCGAUUGAUCGAAAAUUGAAUAAGAUUUCUUUCAAGAAAAACGAGGUAUAUAAUUUUCAUGAAAAUGGUGCCAAAGCGCGUAUUAAAUAUUCGCCUUAGAUAUUAAGACUCGAUUAACUUCUGAUCGCACGAUAAUAUACGUUAUAUUGUAUAUUAUAAUAAUAAUAAUAAUAAUAAUUAUAAUAAUAACGAUAACGAUAAUAUUAGAGAACGAGACAAAACAGAAGAAAAUAAUUAUGAAAAUGAGAAAUUAAAAAUACAUUCGUAUAUGUAUAUAAAAAAACAAAAGAGGGGGAACGUGUAUUAGAAACUCGAAUCAUCGUCUAAUUCCAUCGUAAAAAAAAUAUCUCUUAGUACUUAAGCAUUAAUAAUAAUAAUAAUAAUAAUAAUAAUAAUAAUAAUAAUAAUAAUAAUAAUAAUUACGAGAGCCUACUGAGACGAAAAAAAAAGAAAGAAAUAUAAUUGAAGAAUCGUAUGAAAAAAAAUUGUUGCAUACACAUACAGGCGCACACACAAUCACAUAAACAAAAAGGCAUUUAUACGAGAGACGAUUAAGAUUUUCGAGUUCAGUCGGUAAAGUAGAACGGAUUAAAACAUUAAUGAAUAAUGAAAAUAAAAAAAGGAAAAGUAAACUAACUUCUCUUUCUUUUGUUAAUAAUAAAAUAAACUCUCGUUUUUUAAUUUUCUCUCUCUCUCUUUCUUUCUUUCGUUCUCGCACUUUUCUCGUGUUGCAAUCACAGAUAUACACACACACACUUAUACACAUACAUUUUUCCAUUCGAAAUAAACUAAACGAUGAUUUUUUUACUGUAUUUGAUAAGAAAUUAUUUAUUAUCGCCCAUCUUGAUAUUAAACUGCUAUAUAGAAAUUAAUUCGUCAUCUCGUUGAUGUUAAAUUAUAGAUAUUUAAAAGUGUACAACUUCAGAGAGAUAUAUAAAUGCAGCUAUAUAUAUAUAUAGAAAGAGAGAGAGAGAGAGAGAGAGAAAGAGAGAGAGAUAUCAUACAUGUACAUACACAAACACAUUGACACGAAACACAAUAAAAAUUUCGUCUUAUCUCAAAUUAGUCUAAGAAAUGAUUAGACAAAUCGUCGAAAGAUAAAAAACAAACUUGUACAAUUUGUAUAUAACCAUGUUAUUGUGGUAUAAACACACUACCUAUUAUUAUUAAUAAUAUAUAUAUAUAUAUAUAUGUGCAUGUGUAUGUAUACAUUAUUAAUAAUAAUAAUUGUAUAUAUAUACACACAUGCAUAUAUGUAUAAUAUAUAUAUAGGUACAUACAUUGCUCUGUAAUGCCGUUACGUUGUUGUACUAUAUUAUUGUGAACACCAUUUCUCAGACAUCGAUUUUUCUAAAUAAAAGUAAAAAACUUCUUUCUUUCGAGACACAUUGAAACAAAAAAGAAAACAAAAAGAAAAAAGGAAAGAAAAAGGAAACAACAACAACAAAAACAAAAAACUAAUGUAAGUAAAUUCUCUGUCGCAGAUUCCAUGUCGGUCGAAGUCAACUUUUUUUAAGUUUUUUUCUGUUUUCUUUCUUUCUUUUUCUUUUUUGAUCAACACUUUUAAUUCCUUUUCUCUUAAUUUUUCACAAAAAAAAAGAAGAAAAAGAAAAAAAUUCUCCUUUCACAAACUUUUUUACACUCUGGAAACUUGUUCACGAUUUGACAUAUUUUGAGGUUAGUAAAAGACAACCGUGCUCCUUCUUAUAUUCUUCUUUAUAACAUCGUCUAAUGAAAUUUUUAAGAAGAAAAGAAUCGAACUUUUUUUGAAGGAGACGAGGAAAAAGAACCUCUAAAGAAAAAAAGAAAAAGAAAAAAAAACGAAACAAAAAUUCGGUGCCUCAGAAAACGUUGUACCAACGAGCCUUUCCCAGACUGAUUCGAUCGACGUUCAAUCAAUCAAAAAAAAAAUCGAAGCUCUGAAAGCAAGAACGAAAAUUAAAAAGGAAACAUAAAGAAAAAGAAAAAAAAAAAAAUUCGAGAUAAAGAAAGAAAACUCGAAUCCGGUUUCGCGUUCUCUAAUUGAUUAAUUGAUUAAAUAAAUAAAUGAUUGAUUAAUUGAUUGAUUAAGCAAUUAAAAAGAACAGGAAGAAGAAGAAGAAGAAGAAAUAUCUUAAUUAAUUAAGGAACGUAACAAAUCGUACGAUCAUUUUAUCGAUUCGUACACAGGCCUGCUCUUGCGAUCGAGCUCGAAAAUUUUAACCGAUUAAUUAAGCAAACAAUAAUUCGUUCGUUCGUUCGUUCGUUCGUUCGUUCGUUCUUUCGUAUUAUUUUGUCUUUUGUUUUUUAAUUACCAACGCGGAACAUAACCUACGAUUUUUCACAUUUUCACGAAAUUAGUCGUCUAAUUUUUAUCGAUAUUUCCAUUUGUUCGUUUCUUCUUUUCUUUUUUUUUCACGAUUAUUAAAAAUAAUUUUCAUAUGCAAUUUUCUUUUCGAUCUCGAUCGCUUAACUCUUGAAUUAUGUAUAGUAACUUUUCUCUACGAACAAAUAAAAAUAAGCAUAUAUAUAUAUAUAUAUAUAUCAUACAUACAUACAUACAUACAUACACAUACACACAUAAAAACGCAUAAGCAUUUAGUCGUAAACUAACCUUAAAAAAACUCCUCUUCUUAACGCAAUACCUAUCAUUGUAAAUAAUUGUUUCAUAUUGUUGUAUAAAUAAAAGUUAGGACAAAAGCGAUAGAAAGAGAAAGUAACAAAAGAAAAAAAGAUCAAUAAUGAAAGAAAGAAAGAAAGAAAAAAAGGAAGGAAGGAAGGAAGGAAGGAAAUGAUAGAGAUGAGUUAUUGUAUCAUUUGAGUGAUGUGAAUGAUUUAUAAAAAAGAAAAAAAAAAAAGAAAGAAAAAAAACUUCUUCCCUUUGACUCCUACGACCGCCCCCGCUCACCCUUCGGCCCCUCGACCUAACCCCUCUUUAAAAAUCAUAAUGUAAGCGCACAAGGGUUAACGAUCUAUGUGUCUUCUUUGUGUUUAAUCGUACAUUCAUUAUUAAAUCUUAAAACAUCUA